GAGCAUAAACUAGCCUGUCUCUAAAUUGGAGUUGUUGUUAAUUAAUGGGCCAAAGAAUCGUGUCCACAUGGGACGCCCACUAAACUUCCCCGGCCGUCUCGUCUCGUGCUCGCUCUUUUUUCGUUCUUUCUUUCCCGUCUCCGCACCGCUGUCUUGUGUCCCCUCCCCCCCUCAGAUCAGAUCUCUCCCUCUCCUUCUCCCGGCCCCGAGUGGAGCUGUGGAGGCACCUCGCAUCACCGCCUUCGUCUCUCCAGACUAGCCGAGAGAGAUCUCGACACCGCCGCCCGUUGCCAUGGCGGCGGCCAACGCCCCCAUCGCCAUGCGCGAGGCGCUCACGCUCACCAGCCUGGGCAUCGCGCCGCAGUUUGUCACGUUUACCCAUGUCACCAUGGAGUCGGAGAAGUACAUCUGCGUCCGCGAGACCUCGCCGCAGAACAGCGUCGUCAUCAUCGACAUGGCCAUGCCUAUGCAGCCGCUCCGCCGCCCUAUCACCGCCGACUCCGCCCUCAUGAACCCCGACGCCAGGAUCCUCGCGCUCAAAGCCCAAAUACCUGGAACAACACAGGAUCACCUUCAAAUAUUUAACAUCGAGGCUAAGACUAAGAUCAAGUCUCACCAAAUGCCCGAACAGGUUGUAUUUUGGAAGUGGAUCACUCCCAAAUUGUUGGGUUUAGUGACACAAACAUCUGUUUACCACUGGUCGAUUGAAGGUGAUUCUGAGCCCACCAAGAUGUUUGAUAGGACAGCUAACUUGGCAAACAAUCAAAUCAUCAACUAUCGAUGUGACCCAGCGGAGAAGUGGCUUGUGCUUAUUGGAAUUGCACCGGGAGCCCCAGAGAGACCACAACUGGUGAAGGGAAAUAUGCAACUUUUUUCUGUCGAUCAACAGCGUAGCCAGGCGCUUGAAGCCCAUGCAGCAUCUUUUGCAACAUUUAAGGUUGUUGGUAAUGAGAACCCAUCAACCCUUAUUUGUUUUGCCUCAAAGACAACUAAUGCUGGACAGAUCACUUCAAAGUUGCAUGUUAUUGAACUGGGUGCCCAGCCAGGGAAACCUGGCUUUUCUAAGAAACAAGCGGACCUUUUCUUCCCACCAGAUUUCCAGGAUGAUUUUCCCGUAGCUAUGCAGGUUUCACAAAAGUAUGGGCUUAUCUAUGUAAUUACAAAGCUUGGCCUUUUGUUUGUAUAUGACUUGGAAACUGCUGCUGCAGUUUACAGAAAUAGAAUCAGUCCAGACCCUAUAUUCUUGACAGCAGAAUCUUCCUCUACUGGUGGAUUUUAUGCCAUCAACAGAAGAGGGCAGGUUUUACAUGCCACGGUUAAUGAUGCAACUGUUGUACCAUUUGUUAGCGGCCAGCUGAACAACCUUGAGCUUGCUGUUAAUCUUGCCAAGAGAGCAAAUCUUCCUGGUGCAGAGAACUUGGUUGUGCAAAGGUUCCAGGAACUGUUUGCGCAAACAAAAUACAAGGAAGCAGCUGAGCUGGCUGCAGAGUCUCCGCAGGGCCUCUUGAGGACUCCUGAAACUGUUGCGAAAUUUCAGAGUGUUCCUGUGCAAGCUGGGCAAACACCCCCACUCUUGCAGUACUUUGGCACAUUGCUAACUCGAGGGAAGCUCAAUGCCUUUGAGUCUCUUGAGCUAUCUCGACUUGUUGUCAAUCAGAACAAAAAGAACCUUCUGGAAAACUGGUUGGCUGAAGACAAACUGGAGUGCAGUGAAGAACUAGGAGAUCUUGUCAAGACUGUGGACAAUGAUCUUGCACUGAAAAUAUACAUCAAGGCCAGGGCAACCCCUAAAGUUGUUGCUGCUUUUGCUGAAAGGAGGGAGUUUGACAAAAUACUUAUAUAUUCAAAGCAGGUUGGAUACACCCCAGAUUAUCUCUUCCUCCUGCAAACCAUUUUGCGGACAGAUCCACAGGGAGCUGUCAACUUUGCAUUGAUGAUGUCACAAAUGGAGGGAGGUUGUCCAGUAGACUACAACACUAUCACUGAUCUCUUCCUUCAGAGAAAUAUGAUACGGGAGGCUACAGCUUUUCUGCUGGAUGUUCUGAAGCCAAACUUGCCGGAUCAUGCUUUUCUUCAAACCAAGGUUUUGGAGAUCAACUUAGUGACUUACCCAAAUGUUGCAGAUGCCAUUCUUGCGAAUGGUAUGUUCAGUCAUUAUGACCGUCCUCGUAUUGCUCAGCUCUGUGAAAAGGCUGGAUUAUACUUGCGUGCCCUCCAGCAUUAUUCAGAGUUGCCUGAUAUCAAGCGUGUCAUUGUAAAUACUCAUGCCAUUGAGCCCCAGGCACUUGUUGAGUUCUUUGGCACCCUUUCAAGGGAGUGGGCACUAGAGUGCAUGAAGGACCUUCUACUGGUAAAUCUGAGGGGAAAUCUUCAGAUUGUUGUGCAGGCUGCGAAAGAAUAUUCUGAACAACUAGGAGUUGAUGCUUGCAUAAAAUUAUUUGAACAAUUCAAAUCUUAUGAGGGCCUCUACUUUUUCUUGGGAUCCUAUUUGAGCUCCAGUGAGGAUCCAGAUAUCCAUUUCAAAUACAUAGAAGCAGCUGCAAGAACUGGACAGAUCAAAGAAGUUGAGCGUGUAACCAGAGAGUCUAAUUUCUAUGAUGCGGAGAAGACAAAGAACUUUUUGAUGGAAGCAAAGCUACCUGAUGCCCGCCCACUGAUUAAUGUUUGUGACCGCUUUGGAUUUGUUCCAGAUCUGACUCACUAUCUAUAUACAAACAAUAUGCUUCGGUAUAUUGAGGGCUAUGUACAAAAAGUCAAUCCUGGUAAUGCUCCCUUGGUAGUUGGGCAACUUCUGGAUGAUGAAUGCCCGGAAGAUUUCAUCAAGGGUUUGAUUCUCUCUGUUCGUUCUCUGCUUCCUGUUGAGCCACUAGUUGAUGAAUGCGAGAAGAGGAACCGCCUACGGUUGCUUACUCAAUUCUUGGAGCAUCUAGUGAGUGAAGGUAGCCAAGAUGUGCAUGUCCACAAUGCUCUUGGGAAAAUCAUCAUCGACAGCAACAAUAACCCUGAGCAUUUCCUUACUACCAACCCAUUUUAUGACUCUCGUGUUGUGGGCAAAUACUGUGAAAAGCGAGAUCCUACACUUGCUGUUGUUGCUUAUAGACGUGGGCAAUGUGACGACGAGCUUAUUAAUGUCACUAACAAAAACUCAUUGUUCAAGCUACAAGCUAGAUAUGUGGUUGAGAGAAUGGAUGGUGAUCUGUGGGAUAAAGUUCUUCAGCCUGAGAAUGAAUAUAGAAGGCAACUCAUUGACCAAGUGGUUUCGACCGCAUUGCCUGAAAGCAAGAGCCCCGAGCAAGUCUCUGCUGCUGUUAAGGCAUUCAUGACUGCUGACCUUCCUCACGAAUUGAUUGAGCUUCUUGAAAAGAUUGUUCUUCAGAAUUCUGCAUUCAGUGGAAACUUCAACCUGCAGAACCUACUCAUCCUGACCGCCAUCAAGGCGGAUCCAUCCAGAGUCAUGGACUAUGUUAACAGACUAGACAAUUUUGAUGGGCCUGCUGUUGGUGAAGUUGCUGUCGAGGCACAGCUGUACGAGGAGGCUUUUGCUAUAUUUAAGAAGUUCAACUUAAAUGUGCAGGCUGUUGAUGUUCUCUUGGAUAACAUCCGAAGCAUAGACAGGGCUGAGGAGUUUGCCUUCCGUGUUGAAGAAGAUGCUGUUUGGAGCCAGGUUGCUAAAGCCCAGUUACGUGAAGGUCUGGUCAGUGAAGCAAUUGAGUCCUUCAUUCGUGCAGAUGAUGCAGCACACUUCCUUGAUGUCAUCCGUGCGGCUGAGGAAGCCAAUGUGUACAAUGAUUUAGUGAAGUACCUUCUGAUGGUAAGGCAAAAGGCACGGGAACCUAAAGUCGACGGAGAACUCAUCUUUGCAUACGCUAAGAUUGACAGACUCAGUGACAUUGAAGAAUUCAUACUUAUGCCAAAUGUUGCCAACCUUCAAAAUGUUGGUGACCGUCUAUAUGAUGAAGAACUAUAUGAAGCUGCAAAGAUCAUAUAUGCUUUCAUCUCAAACUGGGCUAAGCUGGCUGUUACCCUGGUUAAGCUGAAGCAGUACCAAGGUGCUGUGGAUGCUGCUCGCAAGGCUAACAGUGCUAAAACAUGGAAGGAGGUCUGCUUUGCUUGUGUUGACGCGGAGGAGUUCCGUCUUGCACAAAUAUGUGGUCUCAAUAUUAUUGUUCAGGUUGACGACCUGGAAGAAGUCAGUGAGUACUACCAGAACAGAGGAUGCUUCAGUGAACUUAUUGCUCUCAUGGAGAGUGGUCUUGGACUUGAACGUGCACACAUGGGCAUCUUCACAGAAUUGGGAGUUCUAUAUGCUAGAUACCGCUCUGAGAAGCUUAUGGAGCACAUCAAACUUUUCUCCACCCGGCUCAACAUUCCUAAGCUUAUUCGAGCUUGUGACGAACAGCAGCACUGGAAAGAACUUACCUACCUGUACAUACAGUAUGAUGAAUUUGACAAUGCUGCCACCACAAUUAUGAACCACUCUCCAGAUGCAUGGGAUCACAUGCAGUUCAAGGAUGUCUGCGUUAAAGUUGCAAAUGUCGAGCUAUAUUACAAGGCAGUUCACUUUUAUCUGCAAGAGCAUCCUGAUCUCAUCAAUGAUAUGCUAAACGUGCUUGCACUUCGUUUAGAUCACACCAGAGUUGUAGACAUAAUGCGCAAGGCUGGUCAGUUGCAUCUUGUGAAACCAUAUAUGGUUGCAGUUCAGAGUAACAAUGUAUCUGCCGUGAAUGAAGCCUUGAAUGAGCUUUAUGUCGAAGAGGAGGACUACGAGAGACUCCGUGAAUCAGUUGACAUGCAUGACAACUUUGACCAGAUUGGUCUUGCCCAGAAGCUUGAGAAGCAUGAAUUGCUGGAGAUGAGGAGGAUCGCCGCCUACAUUUACAAGAAGGCUGGCAGGUGGAAGCAGUCGAUUGCUCUAUCGAAGAAAGACAACAUGUACAAGGACUGCAUGGAGACAUGCUCACAAUCUGGCGACCGUGAACUGUCAGAGGACUUGCUCGUGUAUUUCAUUGAGCAGGGUAAGAAAGAAUGUUUUGCUUCUUGCCUCUUCAUUUGCUACGACCUGAUCCGGCCAGAUGUGGCUCUUGAGCUUGCAUGGAUGAACAACAUGGUGGACUUUGCCUUCCCGUACCUGUUGCAGUUCAUUCGUGAAUACACUAGCAAGGUGGAUGAUUUAGUGAAGGACAAGAUCGAGUCGCAGAAGGAAGAAAGAGCCAAGGAGAAGGAGGAGAAAGACCUUGUGGCUCAGCAGAACAUGUAUGCGCAGCUGCUUCCUCUCGCUUUGCCGGCGCCGCCAAUGCCUGGCAUGGGUGGUCCUCCACCUCCGAUGGGUGGAAUGGGCAUGCCUCCCAUGGGCGGGAUGGGUAUGCCGCCGAUGGGCCCUGGUCCGAUGCCAGCAUUCGGAAUGGGAGGCUACUGAGUGGUGGUUUUGCAGGGAGCUUAGAUGAUGAUGUGAAUUGUUCCAUUGCAAGCAUAAGUGGAACCUCAUUGGAGCUGUAGAUGGUUUUACAGUUUGGGAAAUCAAUAUUCUUUAUUGUACCAGGAAACUUUUUUUUGGGCGAGUGAGUGAAAUCAGCCUGACCCAUAGUUUGAGAAGCGCAACCUGUGAUAUGUUUUACGAUGGGAUCGGAAAUAGGAUGAUUAGGUUGUUUCAGCAUGAGCUGUUAAAAGCUGGUACCAUGUGUAUGUAUAGUGGUGUGAUAAAAUCUUUUGCGUGUCGGCAGAGUGAAGAUAGACAAAUGUAUGUUUCCUUGUUACGACCUGUUAAUCUAUAUAUUAGCCCGACUUGUAGUUCAAAUGCCCUACAUUAUUUUCUUCUAGCUCCUCCAACUUGUAGUUCAAUCGGUAAUACUAUAUUUAUUAAUAAAUUCAAUGGAUAUGUUCUCUA